AUUAAUUGAGAUUGGUGUUUAAUCGAACCUUUUUAAUUAAACCAUUUUUGAUAAAUAAUCAAAUAGAAAUGAGUACUUAAAAUUGGAAAAUCUGUUAGGAAAUUGAUUAAUUUAUCGUAGAAAAGUAUGUGGUCAGCGCUGAGGCUGCUAGCUAGCUGGUAAUCCCAAGCCGAAUAUAAAAAUCGAGGAAUCCCAUCAUCACACAAUCUCGCUGACUGCUGCUGGGGCCUGACUUGCCCUGCAUUUGGGUUUGCAUUUUUAUUGUUUCCGCGCACGUGCAAUAUAAUAUAAAUAAAUGAAACGCAAUUGAAUACGGGAAACCAAGGCCUGCAGGCUCAACUGCAGACGGCGCAAAUGGAUCAAUUCUCGCACGACUUGACGCUGGCCCUGGAGGAGACCUCGCUGAUGGACAGGGCGUGCGGCGUUGGUAGGUGGGGUUCACGUCGCAGAACCCGAUCGACGGGUAAUUUGCCUUGUGCGCCACAGCCCACCGAGGACUCGUCGAGCAGCCCCACGGAUGCUCAUGCUCAUGGACAUGGACAUGGCCACGGGCAUGGGCACGGUCACGGCCAUGCCCAACAUCAUCACCACCACCACCAACACCCAAGUGCCAACGUAGACGGACUGGACCUGAAGCUGGCGGCAAGCGACUCGGAUGACAAGGCGGGGGCCAUGCUACCGCUCCGCCUGCCGCUGCCAGGGAAGACGCUGAACGCCGCGGCCGCCGUCCGCAUGGGGGCGGGUGCGCUUGAGUCGGACUCACUCAACGAGACGAACUUCAGUCCAGCCCGUUUCUACAAGCCCAACUCGCGCCGCAAACGCAAGAUAAAGCGCAUGUCGAUGGAGUUUGAGUUCAGCAAGGACUCGCAUCCGGCCGCCUCGCCGCACAGCUGCACAGAGUCGCCACUGCAGCCGGGCAUGUUGGGCGGCGCAUGCAGCGGCUUGGCACUGGCCUCGACGGGCACCGUUCGCAAGCGCCUGCUGAAGGCAGAUGCCGGCAAUCGAUCGAAUUUCUUUUUCUGCGGCAAGCGCAAGCGCUCCAAUCGCGACCGCUACCACGAACAGGAGCCGGGCACCGGUUCCGGCAUCGCUUGCAGCAGCAAGCUGCACUCCUCCAGCAUGCCGCGCUACACCCACAUGGAGGAGUACCAGCGGAUGCGACCGCGCAGCUACUCGUCCACCUCUAAGCCGCACAGCGACCGCCUGUUGCCCCUCAACAAGGGACUGCUCUCGAAGAUCAACCGCAUGGCGCAACAAACACAAAAGACUGACAAUGCUGACGCUGACGCCGACGUCGUCGCCACGAAGGCCGGCCAGGAGCUACAGCUGAAGGAACUGUCCCACAACAAGGCGGCUCCCCCAGCACCUGUAGAUCCAGCUGCCGCCGUACUCACUGUCACCGAUAUCCUGGGCAGCUUCAGCAUGGACACCAUAGUGCCCGUCACCGACAUCGAGACUUUACUGAGCACACCUGGCAAGGUGCCGCAGGUGCCACGCCAGCAAAAAAGUCACAGCCACAGCCAGAGCCAGAGCAACAGCGCCUCGAAGGCCCACCGACGCCGCCGCUUCUGCCAGACGCCGCAACCGCUGCAAGUGCAGUCGAUGGACAUCAGCGAGCUGUACGACUUCCUCAGCUCGAGCUCACUGAGCUCCUCGUCGGACAGCGAGGAUGGGGGCGGGCAUCGGCGUCACGACACGGGCCGCGAGGGCGACGACGAGCUCACCGACUGGCCGGGCAACGAGUUCGGCCCUGGGGGCAAGUAUGAUCCCAAGCGAAAGCUCACCAAGAAGUCGCUGCUAUCGCAAAUACGCUCGGACGAUACGAUCGGCGAGGAUGACACCCUCAUGUCGGGCACGGAGACUACUGUGGCCACAGAGAGUGCGCCGCAGAGUCAGACGCCCUGGCUGACGGACGCACUGCAGGAUCUGUCCCGCUUUCAGCCCGCCCCAGCAUCGGAGCCCAUUGAGAUUCAGGGGGGAGCCAGUGGCUAUCGGAAUGCCGCGGGCUUCAUCGAUGUCAAUCACUGCCUCGAUAUGGACAUCAAUGUGGACGCUGUGCCGGCGCUCAAGCAAAUCGAGAGCGAGAUGUCCGGCGAGACGUCGAACCCAUUCCUCUCCUCCUCGCCGCCCGGUCAGGUGCAGGAGGUACGCGAAAUACGCGCCGGCUGCCGUCGCAUCAAUGGGGACCGGCCCGGCUUCACCAUCAAGCUAAGUGUGAACGAGCGGCUAGCACGCUUUCUGCAGGAUCCGCGCCAGACCCAGAUCCGGCUGCCAGACAUGGAGAUCAGCGAGGCGGACAGCCUCUACAAUCUGGCCAAUCUUUACUCGCUCACAAUGGUGGUGGAGCACGGCUGCACAGUGCUCACGAAGACAGGGAAUACGACACAAACGGUCAGCGUGGAUCAUGCACAACAGCGUGGCCUGCCGCAGCAUCCGGAUCUCUUUGGCGACUUUAAACGGCGCUGUUAUGGCGGCGACGGCGAGGCAGAUGAAACUGCUGGCCCCCCAGUUGUCACAGAGUUGGACAACAAAUGACAAAUCAGAGCCUAAAUCCCGGACCCACGGAACCACGGACCCACCCACACUAGCGGCAGCAGAAUUGGAUACUCGCUACGUAGUAAAACUCUGAGGCCCGAUUUCCAGGUGCUGCCCACGCUUGUGCCCCAACAGCGAGAAAGAGUGAGACAGAGCGAGAAUGAGAAAUGGAUUCGAUCUGACGACGAUACAACGAGUAAUACGACGAGUAAUAUUAAAGCUUUUAAGUGUGUUGUGUGCUUGUAAAGUCCCAUGUACAUUAUGUAUGUAUAUCGUGUGUGUGUGUGUGUGUGU